UAACCUUAACAAAUGACUAAACGACCCCUGACCUAAAGGCGUACCUCCAUCAGUACAUUUAAGAACAUGAUAAUUGUCAUGACAUUUUUCAAUACUUUUGCUAAGAACUUCUUGGUUGAGAGUUUUGAAAACUCGUAUAAGAUUGUGAGCUUGUACUUUGUCCGUGUUACUCACAUGGCACAACGUCUGAAAGUAGAAACAGCCGUAACAUCUAACAAUAACGUCUAAAUCUUGCUUGAUUUGUUUCAUAUUCACAUGCAAAUACCUUAUGCUAGUUGCUACUAUCGAAUGCACAAAAUUAGGGAUUUGAUCCUCGGUCUAUAAUCAUAUAAAAAUAGAGUUAAGAAAUGGAAAACAAAAAAUCAAUGCGAUUUGACCUUAAUGGUUAAGUUGUUUUUACUAAUAUUUGAAAGAGUGAACUUGUUUACCAUUAUCCUUCAUCUGAGGAUUAGCUUUUCCCAACAUCCAGGCCACAUGUAUCAGUUUUCUGCAACUUUGACUUUUUUUAUUUUCUUGUUGCUUUGACUUUUGCUACGCUAAAGUCAGCAAAACAAACCAGCUGCCCUUCAGCCAUGUAACUAAAGCGCUUGAUCAAUUACGCUGUCUCAUAUAUAAUAAAAUAUAACAGUCUUCCAGAAAGAAAAGAGACAACGAGUUCCUCAGAGCCGCAUUUCCAUUAUCCUUGACCAACCAGCCAUCUUCCACGACUCUACUGAAGCAUCUCAAUCUCACCAAACCGAUCCAACUUGCUCCAAAAACAAUUCACAUUUUAAAAAUCAUCCAUCCCCAGCUCAUCAAUUUUCAGUAGUUUUCCCCCCAAACCCAGAUGGAGUUCCUCACUCUCUUCCUCAUCAGCUCUUCGCUUGCUCUGUUCUUCAGCUCACCAAUUCCCGUCGUCGCGGCUGCCGCCGACGGGAACCAGACCGACCAACUUGCUCUGAUGGAUCUCAAGGCCCAAAUAACCCAAGACCCACUUCAAAUCAUGGCAACCUGGAACUCCACCGCUCACUUCUGCCAGUGGGGCGGCAUCACCUGCGGCAGCAGGCACCAGAGGGUCACCGUCAUCGACCUCCGUUCCUCCCGCCUCUCCGGCACCAUUUCCCCUUCCAUCGGAAACCUCACCUUCCUCCGACAAAUCUACCUCCAGAACAACUCCCUGGGAGGCGAGAUCCCGCCGGAGAUCGGGCGGCUCAGCAGGCUGGAGUGGCUGAACCUCCGGAACAACUCUCUCGGAGGCCAAAUACCUGCUCAGGUUUUCAACUGCUCGAACCUCGUUCUCUUCACAUUUGCGGGAAAUUUGCUGUCAGGGAGAAUUCCUGAUGAGAUUGGGUCGCUGUCUAAGCUGAAAAGAAUCGGGCUUGGAAACAACAGCCUGACGGGUAGUAUUCCUCAAUCUGUAGGGAACAUGUCUUCCUUGGAGGAGCUUUAUGCUUACAGAAACCAUCUUGUGGGGAGUCUACCAGAUGGUCUAGGCCAGUUGAGGAAUUUCUCGAUCGUGUCGCUCUACGAUAAUAGCCUUUCGGGACCGAUUCCUGAUUCGACAUUCAACAGUUCGACGCUCAUCGUUGUGGAUUUAGAACUCAACAUGUUGACAGGACAGCUUCCUUCAGGGCUGGGGUCGAGGUUUCUUCCACAGCUUCAGUUCAUCUCCUUGGUGAACAACCGGUUCUCGGGAUCGAUUCCGGCUUCAUUGUCGAAUGCCACGGAUUUGGGGACUAUUAGAUUGGGUUCUAAUAUGUUUUCAGGGAGAAUUCCUCCUCUGCAAAAGCUGAACAAGCUCCGAUGGAUGGCGAUCGACUCCAACGAGCUUGGAACCGGAACAGAUGGUGAUCUGGACUUCGUGGCUAGUUUGACUAACAACACUGCUCUGGAAAUUCUCGCUCUAGAUCACAAUAAUUUCGGUGGACGGAUGCCGGACCAGAUUGGGAAUCUUUCGACGAAGCUGACAUUGAUGUUGGUUAGUAGCAAUCAGAUAUCAGAAAGCAUUCCACCUGGAGUUGAAAAUCUUAUCAACCUGAGACAAUUUGAAGCUCAUAACAAUAACCUCUCAGGCAAUAUUCCUUCGAACAUUGGGAAGCUUCAGAAUUUGGAAGGGUUAAACUUGGCAAACAAUGGUUUCUCAGGGUCCAUUCCAACUUCUCUCGGAAAUUUGACUAGAAUGGUAGAACUUCAUCUUGAGAUGAACAGUCUCCAGGGGCGCAUUCCUGAUGCUUUAGGUAACUGCAAGAGGCUGCUGGCUGUGAAUCUAUCUCAGAACUCUCUUGAAGGUACCAUUCCAACUGAACUUGUUAGCCUGUCUUCCUUGUCAAUCUUCCUCGACUUGUCAGGAAACCGCCUUUCGGGUUCCAUUCCUGUCGAAGUGGGGAACCUGAAGAACCUAGGAAAGCUUAGGCUUUCUCAAAACAGGUUGUCAGGAAGAAUUCCUAACAGCCUUGGAAGUUGUGAAACCUUAGAGGCUCUCUACUUGGACUCCAACUACUUUCAGGGCUCCAUCCCUCAAUCUUUGAGUGCAUUGAGAGGCAUCCAACGGCUGAACCUUUCGCGCAACAACUUCUCCGGCCAGAUUCCUGACUUCUUUCAGAGUUUCAGCUCACUGGAGUCCCUGGAUUUAUCUCACAAUAAUUUCCAAGGCCUGGUACCAACUGAAGGAAUUUUCAGGCGCCAAAACUCAACCAUGAUUGACGGAAAUGGAGAUCUCUGUGGCGGAAUUCCUGAUCUCAGGCUGCCGAAAUGCAUUCAAGAGCGAUCAGGAAAAGCGAAUCAGGUUAAACUGAAGAUCAUAAUCUCCUCAUCAGUCUCCAUCUCUGCCGCAGUAAUCAUUGCUUUCACUUGUUUCUUCAUUUAUCGGAGUAGGAAGAAACAAUCUCGAAAGAUAACAAUGCAUCUUCCCAGCAGUAGAGAAGUCCUUCAGGUUUCUUAUGAGAGGCUCCUGAAAGCCACAGAUGGGUUCUCUUCAGAGAAUCUGAUUGGCAGGGGAGGCUCUGGAUCCGUCUAUAGGGGAACACUAGAUUCCCCAGACGAAACCAAGUCCGAAAUUGCUGUCAAAGUUCUCAACCUCGUCCACCCAAGAGCUUACAAGAGUUUCUUCGCGGAGUGCCAAGCUCUCAGGAAUGCCAGGCAUCGAAAUCUGGUAAAAGUAGUGACAGUAUGCUCGAGCGUGGAUCACCAUGGCGAUGAUUUCAGAGCUCUGGUUUAUGAAUUCAUGGAAAAUGGGAGCUUGGAUGACUGGCUGCAUCAAAGUACAGCUACUUUGGCCAAUGGAAAACAAAGGGGUCUGACUUUGAUGCAGAGGCUGAACAUUGCGAUUGAUAUUGCUUCUGCAAUAGACUAUCUCCAUAACCAAUGUGAAUCCCCGAUUAUUCACUGUGAUCUGAAACCGAGCAACGUUUUGCUUGAUCACCGGAUGACCGGUCGGGUCAGUGACUUCGGGCUGGCAAAGCUUGUCGCAGCAGGGUGCAGAGUUUCAGCAAAUCAAUCCAGCUCUGUUGGAGUCAGGGGAACCAUUGGCUAUGCUCCUCCAGGUAUUUAGCUAGCUCUCGACUCUUUCUGUCUUUU